AUGGAAAACACCCGUUGAUUUGCCAACCGUUUCGCCGACUACAAAGGUGCGUUUCUCGUAGGUCAAGGCGUCGAAUCGGUGGUACCCACGGCCAAUGCCUUUAUAGAGAAGAUUCUAAACAAGGUGCCACUCGACUGCGAUGGUGGGCUUUACGACAGUCCCGCUGGGGUGGCAUACAUGCUGUACCAUGUCUCCGAAUGUGCUUUUUUUCCCGACCGUAGGGAUACUUAUCUCAAAACCUCAAAGCAGAUCAUUGACGUGUCUGUGGGGUACGUGGAUGGGGAGAAGGACACAAACAUGCAGACCUCAUUUCUCCUCGGUGGCGGCAUCUAUACCGUCGCCGCGAUGGUGUACAAAGCCCUGGGAAUGGCGGAGUUCGUCAAUCCGCUUACCAAAUUUCGGAACCUGUGGAAGAUAUGCUCACCCAUCAAUUUCUUGGAGUGCGGCUCUGACGAGCUGUUCGUGGGGCGGGCGGAGUACCUGUGCGCUGACCUGGUGGUGAAACAGAAACUGGGGAUAGAGAUUCUUAGCAAGGAUCAGAUCCAGGCCGUUUGCCAGGCUAUCAUAGAGUCUGGUAAACAGUAUGCCACGAGGAAGAGAAAACCCUAUCCUCUCAUGCACUCCUACUAUGGGACUGAGUAUUUGGGGAAAACACAGUACCCAGACCCAGAACCACCGCCCCAAAAGAACACAGUACCCAGACCCACCGCCUCAACAGAACACAGUACCCAGACCCACCGCCUCAACAGAACACAGUACCCAGACCCACCGCCCCAACAGAACACAAUACCCAGACCCACCGCCCAAACAGAACACAAUACCCAGACCCACCGCCCCAACAGAACACAGUACCCAGACCCACCGCCUCAACAGAACAUAGUACCCAGACCCACCGCCUCAACAGAACACAGUACCCAGACCCAGACCCACCGCCUCAACAGAACACAGUACCCAGACCCAGACCCACCGCCCCAACAGAACACAGUACCCAGACCCACAGCCUCAACAGAACACAGUACCCAGACCCACCGCCCCAACAGAACACAGUACCCAGACCCACAGCCUCAACAGAACACAGUACCCAGACCCAGACCCACCGCCUCAACAGAACACAGUACCCAGACCCACCGCCUCAACAGAACACAGUACCCAGACCCAGACCCACCGCCUCAACAGAACACAGUACCCAGACCCACCGCCUCAACAGAACACAGUACCCAGACCCACCGCCUCAACAGAACACAGUACCCAGACCCAGAACCAUUGUUUGCAGAGUUCCUGUUUACGGAAGAGUUCAAGGUGGGCCCCUGCUCAGUCACCAGUGUUUAUAGUCUGUUUGAGGGCCUGUCUGGAACCGUUUGCUUCUUGGUUGACCUCCUUCAGCCCGACCAAUCAGAGUAUCCACUCUUCAGUGUGUUUGUGUGAUUAAGGCUACGGUUGAAAAAUGCAUCCUUCCUUCCUCCUUACAUUACAAGGAUAGCUUACCACAGAAUUAA